ACGGUUACUAAGGAUACACAAAGGCAUCACAUUGAUCAAAAACCGCAACAGCUGAUAUCAGCGGCGCAAUAAGUAUCGGAAUAAAAUGUUUAAUAAAGUUUUAACAAUAAGAGAAGGUGAAUUCACUCGAGUAGUGUAUGGACUGAUAAAAGAUGAACGUUACGAAACAGUUAUCGAAGUCAUUUGCAACAUCAAUGGAGCAUCUUCAACUCGAGCUGGUCUAUCUCUUCUAGGCUACUCCUACUACCAAUCUCAAAAAUAUGUGGAGGCAGCAAAUUGUUACAAGCAGCUUUGUAUCAUCGCAUCAACUGUUCAAAAGUACAGACUCUAUUACGCUCAAGCGUUGUAUCAAAGUGGUAUGUUCGAAGAUGCUGUAAAAGCCUUGGCCGAUGUGGACAGUGCAGAACUAGAGAGUGAAGUACUUCUACUCCAAAGCGCUGUUUUCUAUUCUAAUGAAGAUUAUGCAGAGGCUCAAGCAGCAUUGUCGCAACGUCCAGCUGGACAUCCUAGUACUCUCAAUGAUGAAGGAUGUUUGUUAUAUCAAGCAACCAUGUAUGAUGCUGCCUCGCAGCGAUUCAACUCAGCACUACAAGCUGGUGGUUUCAAUCCGCUUUAUGCAUAUAAUGUUGCUCUUUGUCACUUCAAAAAACGAGAAAAUUCUCAGGCGCUCAACUUCAUAGCUGACAUCGUCGAACGAGGAAUCAGAAAUCACCCUGAACUCGGGAUUGGAGCACAAGCCGAAACCGAUGGAGGCGCUCGAAGUGUUGGUAAUCCACCAGCGUUAUCAUUAUCUGGCCUAACUCAAGCUCUGAAUUUGAAAGCAGCAAUUGAAUAUCAAGAGGCGAACAUUGCUGGAGCACGUGAAGCUCUCAUGGACCUACCACCCCGAGCUGAGCACGAAUUGGAUCCUAUAACUUUACACAAUAUGGCUCUAACUGAUCCAAGUGGCCCAGGAUCUGGUCUGCGACGCCUAGCAUUUCUUUUGGACCUUGGCCCACCAACCUGUCCUCAAGAAACUUUCGCCAACUUACUUUUACUUUGUUGUAGGCAUGAAAUAUAUGAUACAGCAGCUGAUAUUUUAGCUGAACAUGCCCAACUUACGUAUAAAUAUUUAUCACCAUAUCUUUAUGAGUUAUUGGACGCUUUAAUUACUGCUCAAACAUCCAGUGAAGAAGCUGAAAAUAAACUAGGAUUGUUAGCAUCAAGCUUGGCAGGAAAGCUAAGAUCAUUAGCGGCUAAAGUCCAGGACUCAAAAGGAACAACCGAUCAGAACUCAUUGAGAAAUGCUUUAAAGGAGUAUGAAAGUACUUUGGAAAGCUAUUUACCAGUAGUUAUGGCUAGAGCCUGGCUGCCAUGGCGUGAAGAUGAUUUUGCCGGUGCAGAAAGAGAAUUCCGUGCUAGUGCUGAAUUCUGUUCAGAGAAUCCAGUUUGGCGUCUUCAUGCUGCUCACGUUCUAUUCAUGCGAGGCGAUAAGUAUAAAGAGGCGGCAGCGUUUUACGAACCAAUUGUUCGACAAAAUUAUGAUGAUAUCCUUUCCGUCUCAGCAGCUGUGUUGGCGAAUUUAUGUGUAUCUUAUAUUAUGACCUUUCAGAAUGAGGAAGCGGAAGAACUGAUGCGUAAAGUCGAGAAGGCAGAGGAACAGAAAGAGAAUAGCAACGAACCUUGUCUUCAUCUAUGCAUUGUCAAUUUAGUGGUUGGGACAUUGUACUGUGCAAAAUCCAACUACGAGUUUGGCUUAUCUCGUAUAGCUCACGCAUUGGAAGGAGGCUCGGGUACAAGACUUUGCGCAGAUACCUGGCUCCACGUGAAACGAUGUGUUCUCGGACUUCUAACUGGCCUAGCAAAGCAAAGUAUUGUAUUGCAAUCUGCUGCUCUUCAGGAGGUUCAUAAUUUCUUGCAGUCAUGUGAAGUUUAUGGAUUAUUCGUUCCGUCUACACUUUCAACUACUUUGGACGAUGGUACAUCUGAAGCUUUGACGAUUGGAAUUGAAGCACGAAAGUUACGGGUUUUACUCUAUAAAUUAACAGAAUAUGAACAAUAGAUCUUUAUGUAUUCAAUGUUAUUAAGAAAUUUUAAAUUGUACACAAUGUAGACUGGAAAAUCAUUCACAACUUAGUUCCAAUUUUACUA